UGGGGCUGCAGUUGUGAGAGGCGUUCCGUUUCACGCUUUUCAGGAGUAGAGACUGGUGCCGACGACUGGGCGGCCGCCACCGCCGCCGCGCCGCCCCCCGCCCUACACCAGGUGCCGAGGCCUCCAUCUUCGUGACCUUCGUCCGCGGCGAGCACCCACCAGGAGAAGGCAUGGCUUCACGCAUGACGCCUUCCAAGAGGCCGUUUCAGAAAAAUUCUUCAGACUACAAUGGCCGGGGCAAGUGGCAGAAGACAAAGCAUUCUUCUCCACACAAGUCUCAGUUCAAAAUUGAGCCUGGUGUUCCCUUUUUUCGUAUUCUCUGCCCAGCUUCAAAAUCUGGUAAUGUAAUUGGCAAAGGAGGUGCCAUUAUUGCAAAGAUACGGGAAGAAACCAGGAUGAGAAUCAGGGUUGAUAGAGCAGCCCCCGGCUGCGAUGAGAGAGUUAUUUUUAUAACUGCUGUUGACAAGGAUGAAGAAGCUAGCAGCGAACGAGGCGUAGAGAAUGACCGAGGUGUUGCUGCUUCUACUGGUGCUGGCCAUGAUAGGGAUGGAGAUAACAGCAAGGAGGGAAAUGAUGAUCCAGAGGGAAACAACAGCAAGGAACAGAAUGAUGAUUCGGAGAAAGGAAACGGUAAGGAAGAAGAAGACGGUUUGGAGAAAGACCACAGUACUGAAGAAAAGGAUGAUUCAGAGAAAGACCACAUUAGGGAAGAGAAGGAUCAUUCAGAGAAAGAACAUGAUAAGGAAGAAAAGGAUGAUCCUUUUGUUGCAAAAGUUGCAGAGUCAGAACCAGAGAGGGUAAUACCAUCGGCACUAAAGGCCAUUUCGCUUGUCUUUGAUAGGAUUUUUGCAGCUGGAGAUAAUAAUGAAACUGGGAAUGCGUCUGCUGCAAGCACUCCUGUUUCUUUGCGAUUGUUGGUGCUGUACAGCCAAGCAGGUUGGCUCUUGGGUAAGGGUGGUAGUGUGAUUAAGCAAAUGUCAGCUGAUAACGGCUGUGAAAUCCGUGUUUUGAGAGACAACCUUCCAUCAUGUGCAUUAUUGAAUGACAAACUUUGCCAGAUCACUGGAGAGAUUGACUCAGUAAGGAAAGGUCUCAAUGCUGUAUCUGAAUUGCUCUUAGCUCAUCCACCCAAGGAAACUGAUGCAGUUUCUGGUGUUCAUUCUUCUGGAUCAUCAUCACGUUCUUUGUUCAACCAGUCUGAUGGUCUUCCUUCAGGAAUGCAAUCUAACUUCCAUAUCCCUUUGCAAGGACCAUCCCAAGCCAAUGGACCUUUUGAUAUCAUUGAUCUUCAACCUCCGAUACAUGGCCAUGCCUCAGUGCCUAUAGAAUCCCUCUCCUUUAGGAUGCUGUGUCCACAAGACAAGGUUGGCAGUAUAAUAGGCAAGGGUGGAAAUAUUGUUAAAACUAUUCAAAAGGAUACGGGCUGUGAAAUUAAAGUUCUUGACACUGUUCCAAAAUCAGAAGAUCGCAUCAUAAGUAUAUCUGGACCUGCGCAUCCGAGUGAUGGAAUUUCCCCUGCACAGAAUGCCAUUCUGCAUGUGCAGCGUAAAAUUAUGUUACCUACCUCUGAUAAGAAGGAAGGUCCUGCAAUAUGUAGGCUGAUCGUUUCAGCAAACCAAGUUGGUUGUGUUCUCGGCAAAGGUGGUAGUAUCAUAGCUGAAAUGAGGAAGCUGUCAGGAGCAUUUAUAAUAGUGUUGAGCAAAGACAAGAUUCCAAGGGGUGUCCCAGAGCAUGAUGAAGUUGUUCAGAUAAGCGGGAGUUGUGAAGCUAUUCAAGAAGCUCUAAUGCAGAUUACUGCUAGGCUUCGCAACCACCUUUUCCGGGUGGACAGAAUGCCUGCAAUGGGGCCUAAUAUGCGGCCACCUUUUGGUUUGUUAGAUUCUCAGUUUGGUCCAUUUGCGGGAAACCAUGAAUCUCCAUCCCUGUUUCAUAAAGAUUUUAUGGGACGGCCAUUGGAUGGGAUCUCUGCUCCUUGGACAGUGAAGGGCAUGCGUGAUCUCAGCGAUCCAUUGUCAAUAUCUGAUAUACCUGGAGCAGGGCAUAGAGAAGCUGGUGGAUUUUCUGGUCCUGGUCAGCCAUCUAUGAUGCCAAACUUGACUGCAGAGGUCUUAGUUCCAAGAUUAAUUAUCCCUGCUCUCUGUAGUGAGGAUGGAGGUUGUUUGGAUAGGAUUCGUGAGUUUUCUGAAGCUAAGAUAACUGUUGCUGAACCUAUAGCCGAUGCAAUGGACAUUCCUGUUUUGAUAUCUGGCACACCAGACCAGAUGCAUGCAGCCCGAAGUCUUGUUCAAGCAUUUGUCAUGAGCGAAUCAUUUGCCCCAUAAUAUGUCCAGAGAUUUCUGGUAAUUGUGUAGGCAGUAUGUGGCUUCAUGUUUGUGAAUGUGUCCCUGUUUGAAGAGUGGCAUAUGCUCCAAGAGGCUAAUUAGGCUGAAUAUAGAGACUAGAGUCCCAGUCUGUUGGGAGAAUAUUUAUAGGUUGUUGCAAAAUCUUCCAAACUCAUCACCUGAUUUGAGAUAUGGAGCAACAUUUUGAGUAGCAGCAGAAAUGUGUUGCUUAUGCAAGCAGUACUGUUGGACCCGAAAAGGGCUUCUAUCUAACAUUUUUGUACUGAUGUUGUGAGAUAUCACCAUUAUCUGUAUUUCCAGCCGGGCUUAUUAUAUCUGUAUUUCAGCAACACAGCAGUGCAUAAUAGUGGCAACGGAGGUUUUGUGCU